AUGUUCAAGGAUCCUAGGGUUUGUAACGUCAAUCUCAGCCAAAACGUAGUUGCUCAGUUUAUGGGUGCACUUGACCUAAAAGUUUCUCAUUCUAAUUCAGAACAAGUGGAUAUAGCCCAAGUGUUUCAUUGUGACGGUUUGUUGUUAUGCACCACGAAGGACAAGAAACUCGUUGUUUGGAAUCCUUGUUUGGGAGAGACCAGGUGGAUCCAACCAAAACCUAAUUACCAAUAUUACACUGACUCUACGUUUUCUCUAGGAUACCAAAACAACAAAUCUUUCCGUAUCUACAAAAUCUUAAGGUGUUGGGAUCGUUACGAAUACAACCGAAAAGGUAGGUUUGAAAUCUAUGAGUUUAGCUCUAAUUCAUGGAGAUGUGUUGAUGAAACCGCUCUCGACUUCUUCUGCAUAUGGUUAAGAGGCGUGUCUUUGAAGGGAAAUACAUUCUGGAUUGCUAUGGAACGAAAAGAAGAAAAUAGCUAUGUACUCAGUUUUGAUUUUACAACAGAGAGAUUUAAACGUUGGUCUCUUCCAGCAUUUCAGAAUGCUGGUUAUGUCAUGGAUCUAUCAGUUGUUAGAGAAGAAAACCUCUUAGUGUUAUAUCAGUGCUAUAAUUCAAAAGAGAUUGAGAUUUGGGUGACCAAGAAAUUUGAUGAUAAUCAAGCAGCAUUGUCGUGGAGCAAAUACUUUACUGUGGAUUUACUGAAGAUUAAUCGCAGUCGUAAUUUGUGUCCGACUAUUGCGAGUGUUGUAAUUUACGAAGAGAAGAAUAUGGUCUUGUGUUGUAGUGACGGUCUUCGUCGGAUGAGCAUGGACGUAUACAUUACUGGAGAAGACGAUGUGUAUUGCAAAGAAAUCUAUUAUGAUCAAGAGAUAAAAUCUAGAAACAAAGUACUGUGGCCAUUUAUUUUCAAUUAUGCGCCAAGUUUGGUUCACAUCUAG